GUUUAGUUUACGUAUCAUCGAACUGCAUCUCUCCCAUGGCUGAAGGAAACCUAUUCUAUCCUCAUAUAUCGCAAAGUGCAAGCUCAGCUUUCUCGUUUGGUCCUGACUUCCAUUGAGAUAACAAUGGCUCUUCAACUCUCCUUGUCUCAGGCUUCUCUAGCAGCAGCCAUACUAGGUUCAACUUACGGAACCUAUCUGGCUCUAUCUCCUCCCAAUCCCAGCGAACAUGCAGCACCAUCAACAGGCGACUCAGUUCGAUGGCUAUUCUUGACGAGAAAACACACCACAAAGGUCGUCCUGGCCCCUCUUGGGCUGCUAUCGCUGCACACUGCUAGCCUAGCCUUGCGCUACCCCAAUAUUCCUCCAUCUCUUGUUCAUCAUGGAAUUGAAAAUGGGCUCAAUCCAGGCCUGAUUACAUGGUCUGCUGCAACUACAAUUCCUUUAGCUCUGAUUUUUUGUGCCGGUGUUCCUCUGCGUUUGGUACCGUAUGCAUCACUGGGCAAAAACUUCACAUUUGCUCUGAAACAGCCAGAUCGAUUGAAAACUACCGGUAUUUAUCAAUAUCUCCAACACCCAAGUUAUACUGGACUUGCUAUUCUCAUGAUAUUCAACGUGGCGCUGCUUGGUAGACUGGAUGGUGUUCUGAGCUGCUGGAUUCCUCCGAAUGUCUAUGAGACCUUCUGUUCCUGGGCUAUAAGAUUGCUUCCUUUCACUAUAUCAGGUGUCAUGUUUGGAAUCUGGACCAGAGUUUCUGAAGAGGAGAAGAUGCUCAAGAGGGCUUUUGGAAAGGAAUGGGAGGGUUGGCAUGCAAGAACAGCUCGCUUUGUUCCUUUUAUUCUUUAGCUGAUUUAUGUCCUUCAUAAAUCAAUGUGCCAAUAAAAAUGACCUUGGU